AUGACGCCUUUCUGGCGUUCGACAGUGUCAACUGGCAUGACGCUCCUGUGGUACGACGCCGCCUUUGCCGCGAAAAUACGCACCCUGAGGCCUGGGGCAAGAUGGGGAACAGGAAUAACCUGGAAGGCCGAGCUCGCCAAUCUGGUCAAACCAUCCGCCUUCACCACCGCUGCCACAAGCUUGGUUCAGCCGCCUAUCGGGGAGAUUACCGAGUGCAUGCGGCGCGUCAAUAUCGACAUCAACAAGGAGUCGUUAAGGGAAGAGUGCGAAGCUUAG